UUGUAUUCAGCGAGAUCACUUGUCACUCGCCGCCUCGUUCAUGAGCCGACUCGACUUUUUCAACUUGUCAACAAGCAGUUAGUGCCUAUCGCCUCUGUUACGAGUUUGGAUACAGUGCAAACUUCUCUCUGAAAAUGCCCCGUGCAUUUCUUAUCAAGAAAAGGGAGCGACCUGGGGAUAUACCUAUCACUUAUACACCGGAGCUGGCCUACCCUACCCCUAUCCUGGCCGCUCCUACACCAGUCCUGGCCUCCCCACCCCCCGGGAUGGUGUGUUUGACAGAGGAGACAGGAAUGGACCUGACAAAGAAGGUAGCUCGUGAUGAGAGACCCCAUCAAGCGUCGCCUUCUGACAAAGUCGUCACUCAAGACAGAUCUCUUCAAAGAGAAAAAGAACUGGACGAGAUUUCAAUACGUCUCAAGCGCCCGGAUAUCUACAGCAGUUCCUCACGAGGCAAAAUAAGUCCCAUCCAUCCCCGACCUCUCCCACCGUUGAUUUUCGACAAACCCAUGCGUGGGUCAAGUCUCUCCCCAGGGAUCGGAGACAGUGACCGUAGCGUCAGCAGUACCUCACCCAUCGGGACCCCAAGCAGUUCCCCCCCGGAACCACCUCGUCUCCCAGAAGUAUUCCCAUGGCACAGCCCUAUGUUCGGGAGCCUGCACCACCACCCGUCAUUACUGCCUUUCAACUUGCGGUUCAUGAAUGGCCUUCCUGCACCCCCCGUUGUCCGACCGCUGGCAGAGUCCCCUUUCCCCUACCGGCACUACCCGGACGUCCCCUCAGCGUUCAAAGGCACCCACCACCUGCUUCCCCCUCCGCCGUACCUCCACGGACUACGCUAUCCCCUCAAUUUCUCCCCACCUGCCGCCGACACGGGGAAAUUGGUUUUUGACGACCGGGUUAUGGAGGGGAUGGAUUUGGGUGCACGGCUCUCUAAAGCCCCUUUUGACAAUGUGUUGAAUUAUCCCGGGUUAAAAGCCCAAAGUGUGCCCUCAGAUAUGGACUUAUCCCUCUCGGACAAGAAGAAAAGCAAAGAGAACGAACCCGUGAGGUACCAGUGUGAUGCUUGCAAGAAAAGUUAUUCCACUUUCAGCGGACUAUCCAAACAUAAACAAUUCCACUGUACUUCGCAGAUCAAGAAAGAAUUUAACUGCAAAUACUGUGACAAGACGUAUGUGUCGCUUGGUGCCCUGAAGAUGCAUAUCCGGACUCACACCCUGCCCUGCAAGUGUAAACUGUGCGGCAAGGCCUUCUCCCGACCCUGGCUGCUCCAGGGGCACAUCAGGACCCACACCGGGGAGAAACCGUUCUCCUGCCCCCACUGUGGUCGGGCGUUCGCAGACCGAUCCAACCUUAGGGCACAUCUCCAGACCCACUCCGAUGUCAAGAAAUACAGCUGCAGAUCCUGCUCUAAGACAUUCUCACGUAUGUCCUUGCUGUUGAAACACGAGGACGGCUGUUGUGGGCCCAUGGUUCAAUAACGUCAUCAUUUUGUGCUAUGGCGUCAUCGUUCAUACUAUGACGUCAUCAUUUUGUGCAGCAACGUCAUGGAUUCAUGCGUUCAGUGACACUUGUUACAAUGACACAAAGAUGAGAAAGUGACUCUGUUGUUCUGUUAGUGCUGUGCAUGUACAACAUGCAACCAUAUUGUUGUAGAUAACAGAUGUUUAUUUAUUUGGUCAGUAUAAUGUUUAUUUAUCAACUGACAGCGUCGCGUUCUUGUCAACUAAAGUAUUACAUUUAUUGCAUUUACCAUAUUAUUUAUUCCUGUAGUCUCGCAGACCAAGUCUGUCUCGAAGCCGAUCUCAGGUCAUGAAAGUUUACCAGUCAUCGCUACGUAUUUAUUAAUAUACCCGAUAGGGGCGUUAUUGUUCAAGAUAUGAGCCCUGAUAGAGUAUUCGACUAUCAGUAUAAGAUAUCAUAGUAUUCUUACACCAUUCACUCAGUUUAUCGGCGCAUUGACUACAGCAUUGGAUACAAUACUCUUUAUUUUUACCAAAAGAUUUACAUUUUAUCAUACAACCAUUUUACAUCAAUAUUCUUAUUUACAACGUAGUAACCAUGGCAAUAAUUGUAAUAAAUGCAGCAUUUUAGUAUUUUUCAAUUUGUACCCCAUAUGUUACACGUAUUAUCGGAGGGGCCAAAUCAUGUCACGGGGGCGUCACGGUCAGUGGACACAGUUGCACGAGCGGUCAGCCGCGACGACAUUGACCGCCUACAUUCCGACACUGUCCGCGGCUGGUUCUUUAUAGUGAAGAUUUUAUUGCUUGUGAAAUUGUCAUGUGCCAAAGAGUUCUCAAUUCACAUGUUUCCUGAUGUUGGUACGGUUACCACUGACAUUAUAAGUAUUAUUAAAAUAUUGA